AUGGCGCACCGCUUCUCCGUAGGGAUGGGCGCUGGCCACCAUAUCCUCGAUCCGUGGUCGCAAGGCGUAGGCAUCAUGCGAGACGUCUGCUCGCGCUGGUCGGAGCUAGACAUCACGCAGAUCGGCUCCCUCAUCGCCAUCGCCGGCACGCUGCCCACAGCGUGGACGUUUCUCAAGCGCGCGUGGCACCACGCAUCAGGCUACGUGCAGCGCUUCUUCCUCGCGUCCGUCAUCAUCCCCGGCAGCGACCCGCUCAACAGGAGCGUCGUAAAGUGGGUCCUCACCAACCGACCCCGACACCACCGGGCCUUCACCGGCCUCACCGACGUGCGCCGCUCCCACGGCGACCGGGCCGCGGCGCUGAAGAAGACGCGCCACCCCGUAGACUACCUACCCCACUGGCGCUCCCGCUGGAUCCUGUACCAGGGCCGGCUCUUCGUCGUCUCCCGCAAGGUCUUUGACUUCACCUCGCUGCUCUCGGACCCCAGCUACGACGGCAUCGGCGGCGAGGACCUCACGGUGAGCACGUUUGGCUGGUCGGCCGCCCCCAUCAUGCGCUUCGUCGAAACGUGUCGGGAGUUCAUGGACCGGCAGACGCAGUUCUUCGUCAUCAUCUACGCGCGGGACCGCUACGGGCUGGCGUGGAAGCCCAAGGCGCGCCAGCCCAUCCGCCACCUCGACACCGUGCACCUGGAGCCCGGCCUCAAGGGCGAGCUGCUCACCGACAUACGCAACUAUCUCGAUUCCAAGACGCAGAAGCGGUACCAGAGCCGAAGCAUGCCGUAUCGUCGAGGCUACUUGUUCUACGGACCGCCGGGCACGGGUAAAUCCUCCUCUCCCUUGCCAUCGCCGGCGAGUUCGGCCUCGACCUCUACGAGGUCAAAGUCCCCAGCGUCGCCACGGACGCUGACCUUGAGCAAAUGUUCCACGAGAUCCCCGCGCUGCAUCGUGCUCCUCGAGGAUGUUGAUGCCGUCUGGACCGACCGCGCCGCGCCCGAGCGCAGGACGCCCUCGCGUGACGGCACCUCCACCCCGACCUCCAACUGCACCCUCUCCGGCCUACUCAACGUUCUCGACGGCGUUAGCUCCCAGGAGGGCCGCAUCGUCAUCAUGACGACUAACCGGCCCGAAGCUCUCGAUAGCGCCCUCGUGCGGCCCGGCCGCGUCGAUAUGAAGGUUAGGCUCGGUAAUAUUGGCCGCCCUGCCGCGACCGAGAUGUUUCUGCGCAUGUUCUCCCCCGAUCUGGGCUGCGCGCCGCUCGCAGGGCCUGACGAGAUGAAUGCGCUGGCGGCGCGUUUCGCGGAGGAGAUUCCCGAUGAUGCCGUCACGCCGUCGCAGCUUCAAGGCUUUUUCCAGAUGCACUUGGAUAGCCCGCAAGAUGCGGCCGCGAGUAUAGCGUCGUGGGUGAGGAGGGAGAUUGGGGUAGAUUCGGAUAAGGAGUUUGAGGUGGUUGUAAAUGGGGACGGGCAUUAUAAGGCGAAAUUAAACGGAACGGCGCAUGUGAAUGGCCUUGUGUAA